AUGGUGAAGGAGAUUUUUGUGGAGAAUUCGAUGGUGCAUAUGUUUGGAUGUGAAGUGCAAGAACUCAAUGAAGACUCUACCUCUGAUGGCCAAAACAAAGAUAUUGAUUUACCAUCCUUUAGCUUAUCUAUUAUUGCUAAGUCUACAAAUAACUUUUCGAUAGCUAAUAAGCUUGGACAAGGUGGCUUUGGUAUCGUUUACAAGGGUGUGCUGGAGGAUGGUCGAGAAAUAGCCGUGAAGCGGUUGUCAAAAUUUUCAAGGCAAGGGCUUGAUGAGUUCAAGAAUGAAGUUAGGUGUAUUGCCAAACUCCAACAUCGAAAUCUUGUGAAGCUUUUAGGAUAUUGCAUUCAAGGAGAUGAACCAAUGCUGAUUUAUGAAUACAUGGCCAACAAAAGUUUGGAUUUAACAAUAUUUGAUGUAAGCAGGAGUUCAGUGCUUGAUUGGCCCAAAAGAUUCAAUAUUAUCCAUGGGAUUGCUCGAGGGCUUCUUUAUCUGCAUCAGGAUUCUCCGCUUCGGGUUAUUCAUAGAGAUUUGAAAGCCGCAAAUGUUUUGUUGGACAAUGACAUGAACCCUAAGAUAUCAGAUUUUGGGCUUGCUAGAAGAUUUAAAGGCUACGAGACUGAAGCCAAUACCAACAAAGUGGUUGGAACAUACGGUUACAUCGCUCCAGAAUAUGCAGUGCACGGGCAUUUCUCAGUUAAAUCGGAUGUAUUCAGCUUUGGAGUUUUGGUGUUGGAAAUAGUAAGUGGGAAGAAAAACCGUGGGUUCUCUGAUGAAAAACAAAGGGAUAACCUUCUCGGACAUGCAUGGAGACUUUAUAAAGAAAACAAAUCCCUCGAGCUUGCUAGCUCUCAAUUAAGGGAUGUGCACAUUGAUUCCGAAAUACUCCGAUCGAUACAUAUUGGCUUGUUAUGUGUGCAAAAUGAUGCCAGAGAUAGACCAACUAUGUCAUCUGUGGUUGCAAUGUUGGAUCGCGAGAGUACAUUACCUCCACCGAAACAACCUGCAUUUGUCACUGAAGUAAGUUCGCGUGAAGCUAGUGCUCUUUCAUUGAUGCCACCACAUAAUUCGGUUAAUAAUGUCACCAUAACGGUUUUAAAUGCUCGAUAG